UUGAGUCUUGACAAGGUUGAGUUUUCAAAGCAGAUUGAGAUACAAUUAGCAAUUUUGAAUUGAGAAUCUCUUCAUAUGACUUGUGUUAUUAUAUAUGCGACUUAAAUAUAUUAAACUGAAAUUGAAUUGACUUAUUAGAUGUCUUUUGGUGCAUCUAACUUGUGGCUCUAACUUUCUAGGUUUAGUACUUAGGUUUUCUAAUGUGGUACCUUAUAUGCACAAAUUGGGACUUUCUCACGUGCAUUUUGCAGUGGCAUCAAAUCGGGGGGUUUGGCUCCAGAUACAUGAAAGCAAGUAGUCAAAGAGCUCUCUUCUUGUUGGAACAAUGCAUUACCAUGAUGCACGUCAAGCAAGUUCAAUCCCAUCUCACAGUUUCAGGCGCCAUCUUGGAUCCUCAAGCCGCUUCGAAGAUCAUCUCCUUCUGUGCAGUGUCCAACCCCGUCGAUUUAACUCACGCCUGCCAACUCUUUCGCCAUCUACCGCAUCGAACCACAUUGGUAUGGAACAACAUGGUCAGAGCUUUUUCCGAGAGGGAUGAACCCCUUAAAGCUUUGUCUCUCUAUAAGGAUAUGCUCGAGAGUGGCUUCUUACCCAACAACUAUACCUUCUCUUUCCUGCUUAGAGCUUGUGCUGACCUCUCUGAUGUCUCCUUGGGCUUAAUUCUCCAUUCCCAAGUCAUCAGAUUGGGCUGGGAAUCGUAUGACUUUGUGCAGAACGGGUUGAUCCAUCUGUAUGCGACUUGUAACUGCAUGGGUGCAGCUCGUAAAUUGUUUGAUGGGAGCGUAAAUCGAGACGUCAUUACGUGGACAGCUUUGAUUAACGGUUAUGUGAAGGGUGGAUUGGUUAGGGUUGCACGGGAGUUUUUUGAUCAAAUGCCGGAGAAGAAUGUUGUUUCUUGGAGUGCGAUGAUUAAUGGGUAUGCACAAGUUGGCUUGUUCAAAGAGGCUUUGGAGCUUUUUAACGAUAUGCAAAUUUCUGGUUUUCAACCAAAUCAUGCUGGAAUUGUGGGAGCACUCACUGCGUGUGCUUUUCUUGGUGCAUUGGAUCAAGGAAGGUGGAUACACGCCUACGUGGAUAGAAAUGGGAUGGAAUUAGAUAGAGUGUUGGGCACUGCUCUUGUUGACAUGUAUGCAAAAUGCGGGUGUAUUGAAACUGCUCGUUGUGUAUUUGAUGAGAUGUCGAAUAGAGAUGUUUUUGCCUUUACUUCUUUGAUUUCGGGCCUAGCAAAUCAUGGCUUGAGUACAAGUGCGAUUGACUUGUUUAUGAGGAUGAAGAGUGAAGGAGUUAUUCCUAAUGAAGUUACAUUUGUAUGUGUCUUAAGCGCAUGCAGUCGAAUGGGGUUGGUGGAUGAAGGGGUGAGAAUUUUCAAUAGCAUGAGUCAAGACUAUGGGAUCGAGCCAGGGGUCCAACAAUAUGGCUGUUUGGUAGAUCUGUUUGGGAGGGCAGGGAUGCUAGAAGAGGCAAAGAAGGUGGUGAGGGCGAUGCCAAUGGAACCAGACUCGUAUGUGUUGGGUGCAUUGCUCAAUGCUUGUAGAGUUCAUGGAGAUUUUGAGCUGGGUAAAGAAACGGUCGAGCACUUCGUUCAGCAGAGUCUAGACCAUGGUGGGGUUCAUGUUCUUCUUUCCAACAUGUAUGCUUCUGCUAACAAAUGGGAUGAUGUGGCAAAGGUGAGGAAGGGAAUGGAAGAGAAGAAGGUAAGAAAGGUACCGGGAUGUAGCUUGAUUGAAGUGGAUGGUGUGGUCAGUGAAUUUGUUGCUGGAAAUAGGUCGCAUUUGCUCAUGGAGAAGAUCACAUUAGUCGCUCGUGGCAUUGACAAUCACCUAAAGUUUCUUCGGUGCGAUCACGAUGAUGAUAAGAUAAAUGAAUAAAUCGAAUUCUAGCUGAGAAUUGCUGAAUACACUGCUGCCAUUGAGGAAGAAAGCCUUUGUGUUAU